GAAAGUCAGAUCCACUCACGGGAAAAAAAAUCUCCGUUGGUUGCAGGCUGGUUCUCCGUUGUGUCGAGCAACAGUGGUACCGGAAGUGCCAGGGUGUACCGAAGAGUGGGGGCGUUAGUCCGAGCCGGCGUCCCGGCGUUCCUACUUGCUAAACCACUGAGAGCUUACACGCUGACACACUCGAAAAUGGAGAACGGUAACCUGAGGGCUCACUACACAAAAACGACGGUACGAGCCGGGGAGGUUCUGCGGCUGGCCGCGGUUUUCCAAGACACGCGGAGGACACCGGUUUCCAGCGGUAUUUCCGGUGUCGUUAGCGGCGCGCCGGAGGGUAAGAGUUCAAGGUCGUCGGAACGAGACCAGUACGCGCAAUGCCUGGAUUCUCACGGUCACGAGCUGUUCGCCCCGCUUUCCGCCAGGGGAGAGUUCUACGCGACGUGUCAGAGCGGAAGCCUCGACACCGGAAGUGACGCGGUGCUCUACAGGGUUCACCAACUUGCUAGAAGGGAUCUUCCUCUUAGGGUACGACUGGUUGCCGGACCGCUGCCAAUACCACUGCCACGAGAUUACAGCGGUCUGAUGCAGCUAGAAGGUGCAACCAGGGGCCCCAUAGUGUUAGGAUGCGCGGUACCUCUGAUGCCCGAGAGGCCUUUACCGAGUUCUACGGUGCCGGAACUGCUGGAACUCGUUGCCACGGGACCAACGGCGCCACGAGUGAAAAGGGCGCGAUUAGGGUGCCCUUCCGAGGCACGGUUGCUCGCGUCGCCCAAGAUGCAACGAUUACUUUCGGCUUGCAGAAGAGCGCUAGACCAGAGAGCAACGGAACCUCGGGUAGCGCCGCCGAAACCGGCAGCCAGCGGCGGCCAGCUGAAAGAGCUUCACCUGAAAGAGAUCAAGUCCAAGCCAGAAGCGAAACCGAUCCUCCAGAGUCUGAGAGAGGGGCUGGAGCACAUCAAACGAACGACCAUCAGGGAUCGUAGCAAUAGUCGUUCGAGUUCCGGCAACAAUCACAGCUUCCUCGACCGGAUCUCGAGGAUAGCUCAGGGUGGCAGAAGCAGAAACCCAGCGAAGAAAUCCGCCUCGUUCACGUUCGCCGUACGGCCAGAAAUCGGUAUGAGGUCCGAGAGAUACGCCAGCCUCGAGUCCGAGACGAAUCUGCUGCAAGCGUCCGCUCCGUCCUCGAGACAGCAGGUCCAACGAUCCGUCUCCACGAGCGUGCUGGAGGUGCAGACUCAACAGCAGGACCUGGAUCCCCCGUACUCCAAGGUCAGGGACAGUUUAACCCCGUUACCGUCGACCCCGCCGUCCAAGACAGAGGAGAUCUACGCGGAGAUCUGCGAACCGACGAACGCCGGUUCUCCGCAGGAGAAACCUCCCCCUCCCCCGCCCUCGGGAGGAAAGAACGGGACCAGAGAGAAGGACAGAGGUUACGUGAAGCUAGCAUUGUCGGAGGUUUCUGACUUGAACACCGGUGACGAGGAAGAAGGGAUCUAUAACACUCUAGAAAGCCACGUGCAAUUGGGAACGCCAGGCGUUCAACACGAACGAGAAAGUCCAACAACACGAGCGGCCGCUGUCAUGUUCAAAAAAAUCCCUGACAGGCAUAAUCUUCUUCCCUCCCGAACCGUUUUCGUGUUCUCCGGGGCUCACGAAUACGAAAUUCUUCCGAGAGGCGUUCCGCCUAGAAUAAAAGCUAGCAGAAAUGAAGGCGAGAGAGGCGUUCUUCGCACGGCUGUUGGAAGGAUCGACGAAAUCGCAAGUAACAACCUGAGAACUCGGUGCCGGCGAUCAUCCGCGUUCGUUCGCCGUGGAUUCUGUGCAAACAGUGAAUCGCAAGGACGCGAUAGGCCAGGUAGUAUCGAUCGAGACAACGGGGCGCUAUUGCGGCCCGGUAAUCUUGGUCCCCAGGUGCAUAUUUCAAGAUCGGCAUGCGUGAACGAUCUCAUGGCCGUCGGGUUGCCUUGCGGUCGU